UGACUCAUCAGAUAACGGCGGCGUUUCGUAACCCUCGGACGUCCUCAUGGCUCUGCUGUCCGGCCUCACGCCCGUCCUGCUGGCCCUCCUCUGCCUGGUGGUCGGAUUCCUGCUGCUCAGGUCCCGGGAAACCUCCAGGACCACGUCCAGGAAGCCCAGCGAGGGGAAGGAGAAGCCGUGGGUGGACCAGGACCUGCAGGACGACUCAGAAACAACAGCAGCAGGAGGAGGAGAGGAUGAUGGCUGGGUGGAUCCUGCUGAGGAGGAAGACCUCGCUCACGUUCCUUAUUCUCCUCGUCGUUACUCCGAGGAGUCGAUGCUGCAGAGAUCCACAGACUUCUACCGUCUGAUGAACCAGAGGAGGUCCGUCAGGUUCCUCAGCCCCGAGCCGGUUCCCCGAGACGUCAUCGACAGAGUCGUCCACACGGCAGGUACGGCCCCCAGCGGAGCUCACACUGAACCCUGGACCUUCGUGGUGGUUUCAGACCCGGAGAUGAAGCAUCGCAUCCGGCUCAUCGUGGAGGAAGAGGAGGAGGUGAACUACCGGCAGAGGAUGGGGGACAAGUGGGUCCAGGAUCUGGCCAGACUCAGGACCAACUGGAUUAAAGAAUAUCUGGACGUUGCUCCGUACCUCAUCCUCAUCUUCAAACAGACUUAUGGGAUCUUACCCAACGGGAAGAAGAAGACUCACUACUACAACGAGAUCAGCGUCUCCAUCUCCUGUGGGAUCCUGCUGGCCGCCCUCCAGAACGUCGGUCUGGUCACCGUCACUUCCACUCCGUUGAACUGUGGUCCUCAGCUCAGACUGCUGCUCAACCGACCGGCCAAUGAGAAGCUGCUGAUGCUGCUUCCUGUCGGGUAUCCGGCCGCCGACGCCACCGUGCCCGACCUCAAACGCAAAAACGUGGAGGACAUCAUGGUGCAUGUGUGACAGAAUCAACAAUAAACGCAAAAUAAAAACA